AAUCUUGGACGAUAUGAAAGUGUUCGUGAGUUCGUUAUUCCUAGUUAUUCUAAGUUUGAGUGAACUAGAGGCUGGUGAGCUACGUCGUGACGAUAAAUGGCCACCUCCCGAGCUGUUGGUGGCUUUAAAACCGGUUGGAAGCAAAUGCCAAGAACAAACUGGGGUCACCAAUGAGGCCAUUAAAGAAUUCAGUGAUGGAGAAGUUCACGAAGACAGAGCGUUAAAAUGUUAUAUGUCGUGUUUAUUUCAUGAAUUCAAUGUGGUUGAUGACAAUGGGGAUCCACAUUUUGAAAAAAUCCAAACUCACGUUGAUCGAUUUGAUGAGGAAAUUCGACAUAUCGCCAACAAACUUGUUGCAGCUUGUCAAAACCCGCAAGGACAGGACAAAUGUGAACGGGCGUUUUCAAUUCAUAAAUGCUGGAAAACCACAGAUCCAAAGCAUUAUUUCUUGGCUUAAAAUGAACAACUUUUAACUGGAUUUCAUUCUUUGACUUGAAAUGGACAAAAAGGGCCUCUCUUUACUUUUCUGCACCAGACAUAUAGUUGUCACAUUUUACUUUAUCAAAUAUUAAAUUCACAAAAAUCGAACGUUCCAA